UUUUCUAGUUUCUUAAAAGCGAAAAGCGAAGUUUCCCCGGCAGAUGUAAAGGAGCUUGUGGAGUUUGGUUUGGAGGUGUUUCAUGCAUCACAGAACAAGCUUUAUGCUCAGAUGGGGGAGUAUCUUAGUCAAGCUUUUGAGGAAGCAUGGAAAGAAAUUGUCAAUAAGCAUUCAGUGGAGACCAAUCUAUGACACUUUGAUGCGUACGCACUUUAAAAGAAAUACUGGCCCUGAGGGUUGGAGACUGAGACAGCGGCAUUUUGAAACUGUCAUGUCCCUUGCUCGAUCCUGCCGGAAGUUCUUUCCUGCAGGUUCUGCUUCGGAAAUAUGGUCAGAGUUCAGGGCUUUAAUGGAAAACCCAUGGCAUAAUUCAGCCUUUGAAGGUGCUGGCUUUGUAAGACUGUUUCUUCCUGUGAACUUGGAGAACCAGAACUACUUUACAAGCAAUUGGAUUAAGCAGUGUCUUGAUCUAUGGGACUCUAUACCAAAUUGCCAAUUUUGGGACAUUCAAUGGGCUUCUGUCAUUGCACGUUGUAUAAAGAGCUGCAAGUCAAUUGACUGGGAAGUUUUUUUGUCAGCACUUUUUACACGAUUUUUAAACUUAUUUGAGGUUCCUGUAUCAAAUGGGAAUGGAUUAUAUCCUUUCCCUUUAGAUGUCCCUAAGAAUACGAGGUUCUUGUUUUCCAGCAAGUCAGGCAUGCCUGCUAAGGCUAUAGCAAAGUCAAUUGUGCAUCUCUUGAAGCCUGGUAGUUUGGUCCAAGAGUACUUUGAGAGAUUGGCAAACCUAUUAGAGCAAUAUUACCAUCCUUCUAACGGAGGUCGCUGGACCUACUCAUUGGAGCGUUUCUUGCGGUACUUGGUAAUUAGCUUCCAAAAGCGCCUUCAGGACGAGCAGCUUAAGACAAGUGAUAGCAACCGGGCAGAUUUGUGUUUGGGAAAUCUAGAAAGAGCUUCUUUCAUCAAAGUGGUACUGAAAUUAAUGGAUCGUGGUCAGUAUAGCAAAAAUGAAUCUCUUGCUGAAACAGUUGCUGUUGCAACUUCAAUUUUGUCAUAUGUGGAGCCCUCUUUGGUUCUUCCAUUUAUUGCAUCCAGAUUUCAACUGGCCUUAGAGACUAUGACAGCUACUCACCAGUUGAAAACUGCUGUCACAUCAGUGGCGUUUGCUGGUCGUUCACUUUUUCUCACUUCUAUUUCUGCUCCCCCUCAAACUGACGACUGUGAUACUGCUGAUGCAUGCAUGGAUCUUAUAGUAGUAUCUCUAUCUAAUGCAUUGCUUGGGAUGGAUGCUAAUGAUCCGCCAAAAACCUUAGCGACCAUGCAGUUAAUUGGUUCUGUUUUUUCCAAUUUAGCUAUGGUGGGUGGUAGUGAUGAUGGGCCUGCAUUCCUACAAACCAUCAGUUUAUCAGAAUGGCUAGAUGAGUUCUUUUGUCGCUUAUUUUCUCUGCUUCAACAUUUGGAACCAAGUAGUGUCAUGAACGAGGGUAUCCAGACUUCAUUAACAUCAGGAACUUUUCUUGUUGAGGACAGUCCAUUCUACUUUUGCAUGCUGGAAAUCCUGCUAGGAAAACUGUCCACAGCUUUAUUUAAUCAGUCACUAAAGAAAAUUUCCAAGUUUGUCAACACAAGCAUCCUUCCUGGAGCCACUGCAGAGAUUGGGCUUCUAUGUUGUGCCUGUGUUCAUUCUAAUCCAGAAGAGGCAGCCACCCAACUUAUAAAACCGAUUUUAAUGACUAUAACCUCCACUCUAAGAGGAACACCAGUUUCAGGUUUCGGUAGAGGAGCUUCUGGUGCAUCAUCUUCUACCAAGUUGCAGGCCACACUUUCGCCGGCCCUGGAAACAGCACUUGAGUACCAUCUAAAAGUUUUGGCAAUAGCCAUUAGUUAUGGGGGUCCUGUGUUGCUUCAUUACCAGGAUGAACUGAAAGAAGCAAUUGCAGCAGCAUUUCAGGCCCCAUCAUGGAAGGUCAAUGGAGCUGGCGAUCAUGUCCUUCGCUCUCUCCUUGGAAGCCUGGUCCUUUAUUACCCCAUCAACCAGUACAAGCCUUUCUCUUGUCAGCCUGUUUCUUCUGUUUUGGAAGACUGGGUUUGCUCAAAAGAUUAUGAGAAUGAAAAAAAUGAGGAGCUCAAUUCUCUCCCCAAGUGGCACAUUCCAAGUCAAGAUGAACUCUCUUUUGCAAAUGAGCUUUUAAGUCUUCAUUUUCAAUCUGCUUUGGAUGAUCUUCUCAGAAUAUGUCAAACCAAAGUGCAAUCUGAGGCAGGAGAUGAGAAGGAACACUUGAAGGUGACGCUGUUGCGCAUUUACUCUUCACUGCAAGGCGUGAUGUCAUGCUUGCCUGAUAUGCGUCCAUCAUACGGAAAUAAAGGCACCGAAAAUAUGGAUCAUAGUAACUUUUUAAUUGCAGGAGCAGUUGGCUCAUCUGUUGGUAGUUCAGAAAUGAGGGAGAGAGCUGCUCAGCAUAUACAUGUUGCCUGCAAAUAUCUACUGAAAGAAAGAGCGGAUGAUAGCAUACUUCUGAUACUUAUUAUUCGUGUCAUGGAUGCUUUAGCAAAUUUUGGAAGCUUGGAAUACGAAGAAUGGUCGAAUCACAUUCAGGCCUGGAAGUUGGAGUCUGCUGCUAUAAUUGAGCCUCCAUGUAAUUUUAUUGUUUCUUCUCAUGCCCGAGGAAAGAAAAGGCCCAGGUGGGCACUUAUUGACAAGGCAUACAUGCAUAAUACAUGGAGAUCUUCGCAAUCAGCAUAUCGUAAAUUUUGUACAGAUAGCAACAUCUCUCCUUCAGAGCACAUGAUUAUUCUUAUGGAGGAUCUUCUAGAUCUCUCUUUGCACAACUAUGAAACAGUUCGCUCCCUUGCUGGAAGGUCUCUUUCAAAAUUGCUCAAACGCUGGCCAGCAUUGAUUGCUAAGUGUGUUCUCACUCUAACGGGGAACUUGCGUGAUCCAAAAGCACCAGAACAUGCAGUACUAGGCACCUGCACCAUACUUUCAACGCAAACUGUUAUCCGGCGUUUGACAACGGAUGCGGUUUCAUUCUCUUCGUUUAUCAUGGGUCUUCUGGCAAGCUCUCAUCAUGAAUCACUGAAAGCUCAGAAAGCUAUUACUGAGCUGUUUGUCAAAUACAAUAUCCACUUCUCUGGAAUAUCAAGGAGUUUUUUCAAGACUUCAGAUGGCCAACUGGACAGGCAGGAAUUUGUAGAUUUGCUUUCUCAGAUCAGUUCCAUGAGUUUUGACACCACUGGCUUGCACUGGCGGUAUAAUUUGAUGGCAAACAGAGUACUGCUUUUGUUAACUUUGGCUUCCAGAAGUGAUUCACAAUUGUCUUCGAAAAUUCUUGGGGAAACAGCAGGACAUUUUUUAAGAAAUUUGAAAAGUCAACUUCCUCAGUCAAGAAUGCUGGCAAUCUCUGCUCUGAACACCCUAUUACAAGGAACACCGCAUAAAAUAUUCAGUCAGGAACAGCAACUUUGCGUGGAUCAUCUUAAAGAAAGUAACGAUACAUCUGUUGAAGGAGUACUGAAUCAGAUAUUAAGGGAGGAGGGAUUCUUCAGUGAGACUCUAAACAGUCUCUCCCAUGUCCACAUAAUUGCCGAUAGUGAGAGUUCGGCUUCUAAAGGGACUCACGGAGUGUCAUCCUUUCAGAGUGUGGCAGAUAAAGCAAUCACUUUUUUCUAUUUUGACUUCUCAGCAUCAUGGCCUCGCACCCCCAGCUGGAUAUCUCUUGUGGGAAAUGACACCUUUUACUCUAACUUCGCAAGGAUUUUUAAGCGGCUCAUACAAGAAUGUGGAACACCAGUUCUUAAUGCGCUUCAGGAUGCACUCGAAGAAUUUUCUAGUGCGAAAGAGAGAGCAAAGCAAUGUGUUGCUGCUGAAGUCAUGGCUGGGAUACUUCAUUCUGAUGUUAAUGGCCUGUUGGAAGCCUGGGACAGUUGGAUGAUGCUUCAGCUUCAGAAGAUCAUGGUAACACCUUCUGUGGAGUCCAUUCCUGAGUGGGCAGCUUGCAUAAGAUAUGCAGUCACCGGAAAAGGAAAAUAUGGCACACGAAUUCCUCUUCUGAGGCAAAGAAUUUUAGACUGCUUGGCAAGACCUUUGCCCCAAACCAUGACAAGCAAUGUGGUGGCCAAGAGGUAUUCUUUCCUUUCAGUUGCACUCAUUGAAAUCUCUGCACCUAGAAUGCCUACUGCAGAGGUUCAGUACCAUGAUAAGCUUCUGGAAGAGUUGCUGGAUAAGAUGACUCAUCCAUCUCCCCAAGUUAGAGAAUCUAUUGGCAUUGCACUUUCUGUGGUAUGUUCAAACAAGCGGCUUUUUGCAACAUUGGGGCAUACAUGUUUACAAGAGGUUGAGGGAGACAUUGACAUGAUUGAGUCACCUAAGAAGGAAAAUUGGGCAGAACUUCUAAUGGGGAGAGCUUCUGAAUUAGCUAGAAAUAUCCAAAGUGCAAAUCAAUCUGACAGAAUAGAUUCGAUGAUGGAUUUGAUUCACGAAAAUGGCUACACAAAUUCAAAAGCCAAAACAGAUGUUAAGACGAUGGAAACGAUGUUCCAUUUCAUAAUCUCAUCUUUGAAAUCUGGAAGAUCUUCUGUUUUGUUGGAUAUAGUUGUUGGAUUAAUUUAUCCUGUUAUUUCAUUGCAGGAAACAUCAAAUAAAGACCUGUCAACAUUAGCUAAGGCAGCUUUUGAAUUACUAAAAUGGAGGAUAUUACCUCGGCCUUUCUUAGAAAAUGCUGUCUCAGUGAUUCUUUCUUUAGUCAAUGAUCCUAAUUGGCGAACCAGAUCUGCAGCUCUUGCAUAUCUUCGCACCUUUAUGUACAGGCACACAUUCACUCUCUCAGUUUCAGAGAAAUUACAAAUCUGGAAAAGUAUCGAAAAGCUACUUGUUGACAACCAAGUUGAGGUUAGGGAGCAUGCUGCUGGGGUUCUUGCAAGCUUAAUGAAGGGUGGAGAUGAAGACUUGUCAAGGACUUUUCGUGAUCAAUCAUAUGCAGAAGCACAAUCAAUUCUCAGGAUCCGAAAGCAAAGGAAAUUGGCUUCUGGUCAAUCUAUAGCUUCUACACAUGGUGCAGUCCUUGCUUUGGCUGCAUCGGUGCUUUCAGUUCCUUACGACAUGCCCAGCUGGCUUCCAGGUCACGUUACAUUGCUCGCCCGGUUCAUUGGUGAGCCUUCCCCAAUCAGAUCCACGGUUACAAAAGCGGUUGCAGAGUUCCGCCGAACUCAUGCAGAUACUUGGAACAUCCAGAAGGAUGCUUUUACCGAGGAGCAACUGGAGGUUCUUGCAGACACCGCAUCUUCUUCCUCAUACUUUGCUUAAUUCUACGGUAGUCCUUCUAAAAUCACAAUAGUUGUUGUCAGAUAGGGUAAAAGGGAACCUCAAUAUUCAUUAUGUUGUUGUAGUCUACAAAAUAAAGCUUCUGUAGUAAUACUGUCUUGCAUUCGUAAGUUCUUGUACCAAUUAUUCAUUUCAAUUGAAGUCAUCGUCCUGAGUUUCUCCACUUGUUUA